AACUCGGUUGAUUCCCCGUCGCGAUUAACGCCACACGUAAUCUCGAUCCGUUAUCCUCGGCCAGGCUGAAACGACUCCUCCCCCUAUGGACCCGCACGUCCUUUUGCAGCGCCCUUCCAGCCGUUGGCGCCGCCUCGAACGCACCUGAUCGCCCCACGUACGGCGCCGAUGGGCCCCGUCCAGCCGGGCGGCCGCAAUGAUGAUUCCUGCCCCCUUCGCCUCCGGACCGAAAGCGAAGUGAGCAGCUGCAGGGGGAGGCCGCCAUUAUCGCAGCACGCCGCCGCGUCAUCUAAUCGAGGCGAGGGGGAGACAGAGAGGAGGAGGAAAAACGGGAAAUAAAUCUUCAUCAAGCAACAGGUAGCGGGAGCGGACGCGAGGUGAACCACUAGCUGGCCAGUGCCGGCCGAGGCUAGGGUUCCGGGGAUCGCGGGCGCGGGCUCGGGCUCGACUUUCGUAGCCUAGCCGCCGCCGCCGGCCGCGCGGGGGAACCGGAUGCUAUGCUGCUGAGCUGCGGGUCGCUCUCCUCCUGGGUGCGCCGCUUCGUCGCCUGCGUUGGAGCAGAGGUUGUUUUGGUUGUGCCCAGCCUACUCCAAUAAUAGCUGUUGACAAGCCUACAAAAGGUUUAAGAAUUCAAGGACGCUCAGUAAAAAGGCGCAACGUAUCAGACGACUUUUGGAGCUCGAGCCCACACGAAAUGGAGAAUAGUGCCUUGCAAUCCCGGCACAGUAUGUCCUCAAUCAGCACAGCAGCACAGCCUAAUGAUCAGCAUGUUUCUGGAACUAGCAGCUCCCCAAAUGAGUUUGUAAAUCAAGGUCUUCUACUAUGGCACCAGACUAGACAGCAGUGGAUUGGAAACCGAAGGCUUAAUUCUCAGGGUCAACAAAGUCAAGAACCAAAAAUAAGUUGUAAUGCUACAUACGAAAGCCUGCUCGGAAGCUCGAAGCCGUUCCCACAACCGACCCCUCUUGGUGAAAUGGUGGAUUUUCUCGUGGUCAGCUGGGAGCAGGAAGGCUUGUACGGUUAGAGCUGGUUAUUGGAAGGUGCCGUUGGUUAGAGCUGGUUAUUGGAAGGUGCCGUUUGUAAUCACGUUAUUAUUCGCUGAAAUGUACGCAGCUUGAGUAGGCUGCAGAAGUCUGUGUCGUGUUGAAUGUGGAUUGCCUCGGAGACAGGAACAGGAUGACACCCCUUUUAAGCAAAUGUAUAAAAUAUUCGUUGUUUUUAUUACUAGUAUAAUUGUUUGUGUUCACAGCGUUCA